CGAUUGGCCAAUUACAACAACGGCCGCAAUCUGUUGGUCUCUUGGAGCUGUCGCGUGCUCGCCCGAUAUAAAGUUUCAUCAGUCUGGAAAACAAUGAUGUGCCGCUUUCCAUGCAUUCAUUGCGUUAUCUAGACGGACAUAACGAACUUGGUGAGCGAGCAAUGCUAUUUCCAGUACUGCUCGAUAUUUACGUAAAUAUGCUGCUGACUUUGCGGGUUCCACUUGCAGGUUCCACUUGCAGAAGAGGUAGCUCGCAGCUCAAAAAGCUCAAAAUCCACCAACUUGCUUCCUUCGCUUCGGCGGCCGUACUUUUGGUUGCGGUUUUUGAUGAAGACAACUUACUUGUCAACCUGUAUACAUCCCGGCAUACACAUACAUGCGGCUCCUUGGCAUGGUCAACUGGGUCGGACAUGAGGCAUCCGAAGGCGCCUGGGCCGUAUGCUGUGGAGAUCAUGGUAACACCCAACACCACAACGCCAUGCAGUCAGUCGCACGGCAUCAGGCAGGUGCGGCAUUAUGAUGAACUUACAUGUAUAUGUACCCGGAAACUUUUUGUCACCUCAACAUGUCCGUACCAUCAUCUACAACGCUACCGCCGCUCUGCUCCAGUAUACGAAGUACCAACGAACCGCUUGGAGUCCCGUCUCCCCGCAUACCCUGGUAACAUCGUAAACUUGUAGGGGGGAUAGGGGUCUUUGUUUUACCAAAAACCCCCCAAAAAAUAGGACCUACGUAGCAAAUCUAGAGG